UGGGUGCAUUUACAAAUUCCAAAUGGGCAGGUGGCACAAUUGAGUUGGAAGGAAAAUACCAUGACAUGUAUGCCACACAUGGCACACAACAUCAAACUUUGCCUGAAUGAACAGAUACAAUUUGAUGAAGUUCAGUUUUAUUUUCAGAUCAAUUUUAACGACAGUAUCAAGACUCUCGCCCUGAUAUCCCUCUGUUCUGUGCCUGACUAUGAACUUCUCCAUGAGUCUUACAACACAUUAUACUCAUGCACAUAUGAAGGCAAUGAAGUGCUUGUCCUCAUUGGGGUCUCCACAAUUCAAGCUGUGGUCGCAAUAGUCCCCCACAAGCUCCCCAACCACCCAGAACUCUGUUUCUUUCUUGUCAAAAAACCUGGCCUUGAUGUUGCUCAAUUUGCAGGCCAUGUGGACCAUGAUGAUGAAGGUGAUGAUGAAGAUGACGGCAACUAG